GCGUAUUAUACGCGCCCAUCUCCUAUUUAUAAGUACGAACUAGCAACUCCCUUCAUUUAUCCAUGUAUAGCUAUCAGUCAACACUUCCACUCAUCAGCAGCUGUCUCUAAAGAACCAAAGAAAGAAUUUUGUCUGUUUGAUCCUUUGUUUCAGGGUGAGGCAAUAUUGGAUGUGGUAAGUGAAUGGGUGAGAAGAUGAGUAGUUGCAAGGCCUCUUGCAGUGUUCUUUUGGCGUGCUUCAUUGUUGGAAUUUGUUCUGUGUGCCAAUGUUCUGCUGCUGAAGUUGAUGCAAACCAGACAGCAAACUUGAUCAUCAAUGGCUCCAGUACCCGGCCUAUUCCUGAAACACUCUUUGGAAUUUUCUUCGAGGAGAUAAACCAUGCUGGAGCUGGUGGGAUAUGGGCAGAGCUUGUAAACAAUCGGGGUUUUGAAGCCGGGGGGCAAAACACUCCCUCAAAUAUUGCUCCCUGGUCUAUCAUUGGUGAUCAGCCAUCUUUAAUUGUAUCUACUGACCGUUCUUCUUGCUUCGAGCGAAACAAGGUUGCUCUCCGAAUGGAUGUGCUCUGUGACAGCACGGGCGGUAAUAUUUGCCCAGCUGGUGGAGUUGGUAUAUACAAUCCAGGGUUUUGGGGCAUGAAUAUUGAACAAGGGAAGGCCUAUAAAGUGGUUCUCUAUGUCCGUUCUCUGGGAUCAAUCAAUGUUUCUGUAUCAUUGACGAGCUCAGAUGGGUCGCAGAUAUUGGCAUCUGCUAACAUUGUAGAUUCUGAUGUUUCAAACUGGACAAAGGCUGAGGUUCUAUUGGAAGCCAAAGGAACAAAUCCUAAUUCAAGGCUUCAAUUGACUACAUCCAGAAAAGGUGUAAUAUGGUUUGAUCAAGUGUCAGCUAUGCCUCUGGACACAUACAAGGGGCAUGGUUUCCGAAAUGAGCUCAUUGAAAUGAUCGAUGAUAUAAAACCCCAAUUUGUCAGAUUUCCAGGUGGCUGCUUUGUUGAGGGUGAAUGGUUGAGAAACGCAUUUCGCUGGAAGGAAAGCAUUGGACCCUGGGAGGAGAGACCUGGGCACUUUGGUGAUGUUUGGAUGUAUUGGACUGAUGAUGGACUUGGAUACUUUGAGUUUCUUCAAUUAACUGAAGAUCUUGGUGCACGGCCAAUAUGGGUGUUCAACAAUGGAAUCAGUCAUCAGGAUCAAGUUGAUACUACUGCAGUCUCACCUUUUGUACAAGAAGCCCUUGAUGGUCUUGAGUUUGCCAGAGGCGAUUCUAAUUCUAAGUGGGGUUCUGUCAGAGCCGCAAUGGGGCAUCCAGAGCCUUUUGACUUGAAAUAUGUUGCUGUUGGGAAUGAGGAUUGCGGGAAGAAGAAUUACCGAGGAAAUUAUCUCAAGUUCUACAAUGCCAUAAGAAGUGCCUAUCCCGACAUCAAAAUAAUCUCAAACUGUGAUGGGUCUUCUCGUUCUUUGGAUCACCCAGCUGAUUACUAUGAUUAUCAUGUUUAUACAUCUGCCAGCAGCCUGUUUUCUAUGACUCGUCAGUUUGAUCGCACAUCCCGCACUGGUCCAAAGGCUUUUGUGAGCGAGUAUGCUGUGACCGGAAAAGAUGCGGGCACAGGAAGUCUUUUAGCUGCACUCGCUGAAGCUGGUUUCCUUAUUGGGCUGGAAAAGAACAGCGAUAUUGUGGAGAUGGCAAGCUAUGCACCACUUUUUGUGAAUGCCAAUGAUAGGAGGUGGAAUCCAGAUGCGAUUGUCUUCAACUCGUCAAUGCACUAUGGAACUCCGAGCUACUGGGUGCAAAAAUUCUUCAGAGAGUCAAGUGGAGCAACUCUUCUUGACGCUAAACUACAAACAAAUUCCUCUACACUUGUUGCAUCUGCAAUUACUUGGCAAAAUUCAGAUGGCAAAACUUACCUGAAAAUAAAGAUUGUGAAUUUUGGGAACAGCAAAGUGAAUCUCAAAGUUUCCAUUGAUGGAUUGGGGCUCAGCUCACAAUUGUCUGGAUCAACAAAAACUGUGCUCACUUCUUCUAACUUAAUGGACGAGAAUUCCUUCGCGAAUCCAAAAAAGGUGGUGCCAGCACAAACUAUGCUCGAGAAUGCUGACAAAGACAUGGAUGUUGUACUCUCUCCAUAUUCCUUAACUUCAUUUGAUUUGUUAACAGAAUCAAACAAUAUCAGGAUGCCACAAACUGAUUCUCUCUCAAGAUCAUCAAUUUAGAAAAAUAAAUGAAUACAUGAUGUGUAAUUAUAGGAAACAAUCUAAAUAAUGUUCUCUGUGGCUGGCUGGUGUCUUUGCCUGCUAUUUAUGUUAAUUUUAAUUGGCUAAUGUCACCUUGUAAUAUAUAUCUAUAUUGUUGCUUUUCAAUGUCAAA